GCAUAACGUUUGGGGUUGUUCCCACUGUGCUUUUGGCGUUGCUGGUAUGAGCUUUCCUCAGUUUUUUUGAGCUUCUGAGAAGCACUGACUUUCCGAAGUAUGGCAACUUUGGAAGGUCUGAAUUGGGGGCUUUGGGUGCCGAGCUGUGGAUUGACAGCUUGGAAUUUGCAUAUUCGGAAACGUUCAGGCUUAUAGCUCGUGACAGCUCCGAUACGGGUUAAAAAGUCAAAGCCAUGCGGCGAUGUUAUUGUUGCAUUGUACGCUGUGUGCAGUUUGAAUUUGUCAUGCCCAAGUUGUCCGGAUACAGAUGGUUUGAGACAAUGCCAUGGUGUUGAGAAUGCGUGCAGAAGAUUUGCAGUACUCAAGGGUCGUGGCCGCUGACAGAUUUGAAGCCGCAUUGGCCAAAUGGGGCAAACAGCCUGUAUCGAGUCCAUGUGCCAAGCCAAGACAGGUGCUGGUGACACUGAGACAUCAGGAGACCCCCAGUUGAAAAGCCAAGACGAGAAGGCUUUGCCUCGGUUGCUUGGUGACUCCGCAAGGAGUGUGGACAAAACUGUUGGAAAAGAAGCGGCGAAGGAUGGUGAAGAACACAACGAGAGCGCCGAGGGCGCAAUGGAAGAUCGAGUCAUUGGCCAGGUAGAGUCAGCUACGUCAGUUGGAGGGUCAAAAGAAGACCAGGAUGAAGGCCACACAAGCAAGGCUUUGCGAAAAUUAGAGAGGGCAGAGGCAAGAAAGCAGGUUCUCCCAUUCCUGCUGCAGAAUGGCUUUCAAACCGUUAAGUCCAAGAAGACAUGGUUCUGGAGGUCUUACUAUCCUCUCCACGCGGCGGUCAAGAAGAAGGACAUCGAGACCGUGCGUCUUUUGCUGACCGCAGGUGCAGACCCACAGAAAUUGAACAACAAGUCAGAGACGCCACAGCAGCUGGCCGAGAGAUUGAAUCGAUCUGGUUCAUACCAAGAGAUCAUCGAAGUGUUGCAGAAUGCGAAGGUCAGAAAAGCAAAGUCAUCACGUUCUCGAAGCCUCAGUGACCAGGGCAGAUCUGGUACCACACAAGAGGUCACCCCCCGAGGCAGGGCACCAAUGCUUUAAAGACAAACACAAUAUAAACACAAUAUAAACAAUGACAAUGAUCAGUUCAUUACAGUUAUGAUAGAAUUGUGUUCAGUUCAUUGAAAAGUCUUGCAGAGCAAGGGAAGGUUGUGAGGACUGCAGCUGGCACGUUGCAGACAGGGCAAACUAGUCAUUCUGCCACGUUUUUUUGUGCUAGGAAUAUGAGUCUAUAAUCGUGCCAACUUGCAAAGUCAAGAUAUGGCCUUUGAACACUUGUGCCAGAGAAUUCAGCGUUGGUUUGCAGAUGUUUGCAGCACAUUGGAUGGCAAGCCGCUGGAUACCAUUCUUUGUGGUUUUGCAACUGCAUUGAACUUUUGUGGAUGCACUUGGUAGCUCAAUGCCAACCCUUGCGGCCUCUUGGCGCAGCAAGGAAAUGCCAAAUUCAGAGCAGCAGAUUGCACAGGUUUGCACAGACUCUGCCUUCUUUUUACUGUCCGCACAGAUUGAACAACUCGUUGAAAAAGGGCACGCUCAGAGGUGGCACCACCACAGUGCAUCUGGUUUGCAGAUGUUCAGCGACGUUGCUUGUUCCGGACGCGUACUCAGCUGAUUCGA